AUGACCGACUCAUACACAGACGUUCUCAUUAUAGGAGCUGGGCCUGCAGGUCUAAUGGCAAGCUUGUAUUUAUCAGAACUCGGCGUCAACCAUCGCAUUAUUGACAAGUUGGGGACUCGAGCUCUCAAUGGACGUGCUGAUGGCUUCCAAGUCAGAACCGUUGAGAUAUGGGACAGCUUCAACAUGGCUCACCUUCUUGAAAACCACGGUAACCAUUUCCGUGAAUGGGUACUAUGGACAGGUGAAAAAGAAAUCUCUCGUCAACGAGUAGAAACGUCAAUCGGAGAAGAGGUUUCCCACAAGAAUACAGGCACAUUCCAUCAAGGAUUCAUCGAAGCCUCUUUAAUCUCAGGCAUUCGAAAACGUGGUGGAACAGUGGAAAGAGGAAUCAAAGCAACAUCCAUGAGCAUAUCUGAAGCAGAUCACCCAACAGCCAUCACUGUGAAGCACUUGCAUGCUACUGAGAUGGACCAGUGGCAUGUAGGAGCUCACUUCAAGCACGAUGACGGAACAUUGGAAUCUCAGAAAGGAACAAUUGAUGCCUUUGGCGACGACCCGCAGGACAUAGUACCAUCUACGAAUCAACAAGGCACUCAGGAAACUAUCCACGCUAAAUACGUGAUUGGUGCUGAUGGUGGCCGUUCCUGGCUUCGAAACGAGCUUGGUUUCCGAAUGAAUGGCGCCAACACGAACUCGGUUUGGGGAGUCAUUGAUAUCAUUGCCUUGACAGACUUUCCAGACAUCCGAAAGAUCUGCACAAUUCUUUCCUCCCACGGCACAGUCUUGAUUGUCCCUCGAGAGCAUGGUUUUACCAGGCUAUAUGUUCAACUACCAGAUGAAGAUCCCGCAACGGAAUCUUCAUCGAACAACACCACCAUGCUUGAGAAGAUGUUAGCCACGGCUCAGCAGAUAUUUGCACCCUACAGUAUGGACUACAAAAUUUGUGACUGGUGGACAGUAUACAAAGUCGGUCAUAGAAUAGCGGAUCACUUCUCCUAUGACAAUCGUAUCUUCCUUGCAGGCGAUGCAGUCCACACCCAUACGCCAAAGGGAGGGCAAGGUAUGAACGUCUCCCAACAGGAUGCUUACAAUCUUGCCUGGAAAAUCGCCGGAGUCUUACGGGGACAGCUAAAGCCAGAAGUCCUCUCAACUUAUGAAUCAGAACGUCAACCAAUAGCCAAAGAACUAGUCGAUCUUGAUGGAGCGCUAUCUGAUGUACUCACUUCACGAUCGCAAGUCCCAGAAAGUCAAGUCAAGGAUGUCUACGAUCGUCUAAGAUAUUUCGGAAGUGGUACCAAUGCCAAGUAUGGCCCUAGUCCAAUCGUUGCCGAGCAUGUUGACAAAGUCGCAACCAACAUCAUAUGCGGAGCACGGUUACCAAACGCCUACAUCUACAACCUAGCUAGUGGCAGAAGACUGGCAUCACAGUCUUUACUAAAGUCAGAUGGCUCAUGGUAUCUCUUCGUUCUCGCUGGCGAUAUUACAUCAAGUCAACAGCUUGCUAGAGUCAACGGACUCGGAACCUACUUAUCUACCUUGUCGCACAAAUUUCCACACCUAUCAUCACGAAAGAUGACUCAAGCGUUCAUGCGUAUCUUGCUAUGCGCAGUGAGCUCCGACUUCAAGGCACACGACUUGAAUUCUGUUUACUUCCCAAUGGACACGGUGCGAGGUCACGACUACAAUACCGUCUUUGGCGAUCAACCGGACAAAGGCGCAUAUGGGAGGAAACUGGAGCACUCAAUAGAGGCAGAGGGUACACACAAGCUCUAUGGUGUUGAUCAGCAGGUAGGAGCUAUGCUUCUCAUUCGACCCGAUCAAACUGUUGCGUGGAAAGGAUCCCUGGACAACGUUAGCGGUCUCGGAGAGAGGCUACUCAAUUUCAUGAGAGUAGACUGA